CGCGGACGGAGGGAGCGGGACGGCGGCCGCGAUGAACCUGGAGCUGCUCGAGUCCUUCGGCCAGAACUACCCCGAGGAGGCCGAUGGCACGCUGGACUGCAUCAGCAUGGCCCUGACCUGCACCUUCAACCGCUGGGGCACGCUGCUCGCCGUGGGCUGCAACGACGGGCGCAUCGUCAUCUGGGACUUCCUGACCAGGGGCAUCGCCAAGAUCAUAAGCGCUCACAUUCACCCCGUCUGCUCGCUGUGCUGGAGUCGAGAUGGCCACAAACUGGUGAGUGCUUCGACCGAUAACAUUGUGUCGCAGUGGGAUGUGCUCUCUGGAGACUGCGACCAGAGAUUUCGAUUUCCUUCGCCUAUCUUGAAAGUUCAGUACCACCCUCGAGACCAAAACAGAGUUUUGGUUUGUCCCAUGAAGUCGGCACCGGUGAUGCUAACGCUGUCAGACUCCAAACAUGUUGUCCUGCCUGUGGAUGAUGAUUCUGAUCUCAAUGUUGUGGCCUCCUUUGACAGGCGAGGGGAAUACAUUUAUACGGGCAAUGCCAAGGGGAAGAUCUUGGUCUUAAAAACAGACACUCAGGAUCUUGUUGCUUCCUUCAGAGUGACAACUGGAACCAGCAACACCACAGCUAUUAAAUCGAUUGAAUUUGCUCGGAAAGGAAGCUGCUUUUUAAUAAACACAGCUGACCGGAUAAUCAGGGUGUACGACGGCCGUGAAAUUCUAACUUGUGGACGAGAUGGGGAGCCUGAACCGAUGCAGAAGCUGCAGGAUUUAGUGAACAGGACACCGUGGAAGAAGUGCUGUUUCUCUGGUGAUGGUGAAUAUAUAGUGGCAGGUUCAGCGCGACAGCAUGCCCUGUACAUUUGGGAGAAGAGUAUUGGAAACCUAGUGAAAAUCCUCCACGGGACCAGAGGAGAGCUGCUCUUGGAUGUAGCAUGGCAUCCUGUCCGACCGAUCAUAGCUUCUAUUUCAAGUGGUGUUGUGUCAAUAUGGGCUCAGAAUCAAGUGGAAAACUGGAGUGCCUUUGCACCUGACUUCAAAGAGCUGGAUGAAAAUGUAGAAUAUGAAGAGAGAGAAUCAGAGUUUGACAUUGAAGAUGAGGAUAAGAGUGAACCAGAACAGACAGGUGCUGAUGCUGCGGAAGAUGAAGAAGUGGAUGUAACUAGUGUGGAUCCCAUUGCUGCCUUCUGUAGCAGCGAUGAAGAACUGGAGGACUCCAAGGCUCUGCUUUACUUACCCAUUGCUCCUGAAGUUGAAGAUCCGGAAGAAAACCCCUAUGGACCUCCACCAGACGCGGUUCAGAGUUCGUUAACUGAUGAGGCCAUAGGUUCUGAGAAGAAGAGGCAGUCUUCCUCUGAUGGACCUCAGGCACCAAAGAAGAAGCCCAAAACCACCAACAUUGAACUACAAGGAGUACCUAAUGAUGAAGUCCAUCCGCUGCUGGGUGUGAAGGGAGAUGGUAAAUCCAAGAAGAAGCAAGCAGGCAGGCCUAAAGGAUCAAAAGGUAAAGACAAAGAUUCUCCAUUUAAACCGAAACUCUACAAAGGGGACAGAGGUGCUUUACCUCUGGAAGGAGCAGCGAAGGGUAAAGUGCAGGCGGAGCUGGGACAGCCUUUGACAGCAGGUGGUGCAAUCUCAGAAUUGUUAUGAAGAUACUCUUCUUUAUCUUCCUGUAUUCUUUCCUAUAUUGACACCGUAAUGUGGAAAAGAGAUGAAAUGCUCGGUCAGAGUGGACUGACUAAUACAGCAGACUGAUUGUUCAUGGAUUCAGGGAGUGACUUUUGUAAGAAAUGAAUAUGGAAGAGGAAACGGCCUUCAUUCCUCCUUAACUGCCUCUUCAUCGAACAGUGUAAGAUGCUGACUCUCAGGUCAUGCGAUUUGCAAAGAGACUAACUGGACUGCCUUUGUGUUGACGUAUAACUAUUUCUAAAGCGAGCUGGUACCUAACACUCUGCCACUCCAGAGCUUAUCAGCCAUUGUCUUUUAAAUAUUUUUUCUUUUGUUCCUGGAUUGAAGAAUACCCAAAGUGUGUAUUUUUAUUCCUGAUGCUGUAUGACUGUGUAUCCUGCAAACUUCCCUUUCUUUGCUGUUAAUUUUCAUUUCAGUGAGUUGUAAGUCCUUCUAUGCCAGCUGCAUUACCUUAUCAGCUUUUCUGUUAGCUCAGUGCGGUCUUCUAUGCUGACAUGCUUAGUGAAACACUGCUGCUGAUUAUGUGCCAGGUUUGAUUUCAUCUCAAGUGGAUAGAGAUCUAAGGUGAAGAAUCAAGACACCCUCUGAAGUCUGCAAAGAAUGAAUCUUCAUAUUGUGAAUAUUUUAGAUAUGAAGGAUGACUCUGCUUACGGGAGAAGGAACAAGUGAAAGUAGCUCCAGAUAAAAUACUCAAUUUAUGUGCUUUCUUCUAGCCUGUGAUAUGAAAAGCUGUGUCGGCAGGUCUUUCUGUCCUUGCAAGUGUUUUUAUUCUGUCUCUUUCCUGUGAGGUGCCCUACCAGAAACAACUGGUUUCCUCCUUAGCUGGUAGGUACUGGCAGUUAGAGAAAAAACAGAACCAAUAUUUCUCUGAACUGAAACAGUAGUUUUUCAGGGUUUUUUUUUUCCCCACUUCUGGAUCAAGAAUGGAAGAAAGAUGAAGGCUAACAGCUCAUUCCCAGCCAUGCUUUAACCUUUUAUUCCUUAAAGACGGUUGUAAUAUUUUCCUUGUGGGAAUGGGAAGAGACGCUUUCUCUAUCCAAUACCUACAGCCUGACACCUCUCUGUACUAGACCUGUUAAAAGAAAGUUUUCAUUCCUAAUGCCUCUUGUUUUAUAGACUUUUAUAGUUCCUAUGCAAUUACUUUCAGUUUUCCCCCAGAUGUAAUUACUGAGAUUAUCACUACGUAUUUAAAUUUUCAAAGUAUCCUGCAGACAUUAAAAACCAAGACGAGGAGUCAUAAAGAGAUUUAUUAAUUUGCAGUCGGAAGUAUGCUGUAGUUGCAUGAGAUACAAGCAUGGGAAGAGAGGAGACGUUUUAAAUCAGAAGGUUUUUUAAAACUGGUAUUCUCAUUUCCGGCUUUGGUACAGUGGCCUGCUUCAUUUAAUCAAAUUCAUUCCCAUGCGUACAGUAUUAGUUUCCUUUGUUCUUUCUGCUUGUAGGAUGACUCACAUCUUUCCUGGAACGCUGUUACGUCAAAUCCACCCGUACGUGGUGUGGCUGACCCCACAAGCUUUAAAAGAUGCACAGGCAAUGGUUCUUUAGAUUGUUUUAAAGCAUAUGAUUUGCCACAGACUCCAGCCUUCAUUUCUGUUAAAACUUCUCUGUACAGUGUAUAUGUCCUUGGUUUAUUUUCUUCCAUCUUUUAUUUUAUUUUUUGGUAUCUGUAGUUUUGUACAAUAUUUGUCAGAUACUGGCUUGAUGGUAGUAUAUAGCAGUGAUGUUAGUUUUUGUGUUUGUAAAUAAAGAGGUAUGUUUUAUUUCCUAAAGUCAAUGGGUAAGUCUUGGCUUUUCCAUACU